AUGGAAAAUAAAGCCGAUUUUGAUGAACUAAUUGAAAAAUUGUUAAAAACCGAUGACAAAACUUUAAAAUCUGACAUUGAAGUGUUUUGUAAAACUACUUAUGUUCCAAUUUAUCCAUCACAAGAUCCUGCCUUAUGGGAAAUAAAUUCUGAUAUGAUUGAAUAUUUUAUUCGUAACCCAGUCGUAUCAAAUCCUAAAAUAAUUAAUUUUGAUAAUACUAUUCGUAAAUGUGGCGAAUUCAAUAGAAAACGUAAAAUAACUACAGGUAUUGAUGUUGAGUUAAAAAUAGAACUUGAAAAAAGAGAAUUUUAUUGGAAAAGUAUAAUUCAUCGUUUAAUUGAAACAAUUAUAUUUUUAUCAGGCAGAGGUCUUGCAUUUCGUGGCGAUAAUGAGACGUUGGGUUCUAAAAAUAAUGGCAAUUAUCUGAGUUGUUUAGAAUUAAUUGCGAAAUUCGAUCCACUUAUGUUCAAACAUCUUGACGAGUGCGACGGGACUGCAGUAGAAAGAUUUUUAUGUUUUAUUCCAUCGGUUGGACAUAAAAGUAAAGAAAUAGAAGUCGCAAUGUUAACGAAAUUAACUGAAUUAAAUAUCAACAUAAAUUAUUGUCGUGGACAAUCCUACGACAAUGCCAGAAAUAAGUCAGGUAUGUAUAAUGGUUUACAAGCUCGAAUCAAAGAAAAAUCAAAAAACGCAAUUUUUAGUCCAUGCUUAGCACAUACCUUAAAUUUGAUUGGUUGUCAUGCUGCUGAUGUAACUAAGGAAGAUUAUAACUUUUUUCACUAG